CCCCAACACAUCCCACCCACCCACAUUCCCCCCUCCCUCCUGGCCGCGAGGGGAGGCUCCUUCCUCUCCCACUCUCUCUCUCUCUGUCUCUCAGCAGCGGCGGCCGCCAGAAGAGACGCGAGGUCGGAGCUCGCGGGGGGCUCAGAAGGCGCUCCGGGUCGUUGUAGGGAGAAAAGACCCCUUAAAACGACCCCUUUUAAAAAAGCCAGUGUUGUAAAGCGGAGCUUCGGAGAGAAGGGAAGCGCCUUUCUUUUCUUUUUCUUUUUCCCCCUUUUUUUCCUUCUCCUCCUCCCAGCCUGUCCCGCCGAAGCCCCGCGAUGGGAGUUUUCCAGGUGUCCCUCGGCUGUUUCCUAGGUCUCUGGGCCUUCGUAGCAGGUCAAGGGCCAGAAUACAGCUAUGGGUGUGCAGAAGGCAGUUGCUAUCCAGCAACAGGGGACUUGCUGAUUGGCCGAGCCAACAAACUCACCGUCACCUCCACCUGCGGACUUCACAAACCUGACCCAUUCUGCAUUGUCAGCCACCUGCAGGAUGACAAGAAAUGUUUCACGUGUGAUUCGCGAGAUCCGUUCCACGACACUCUGAAUCCUGACAGCCAUCGCAUUGAAAACGUGGUCACUACUUUCGCUCCGAAUCGCCUGAAGCUGUGGUGGCAGUCAGAAAACGGAGUCGAAAAUGUGACCGUCCAAUUGGACCUAGAGGCGGAAUUCCAUUUCACUCAUCUCAUUAUGACCUUCAAGACUUUUCGCCCUUCUGCCAUGUUGAUUGAAAGAUCCUCAGACUUUGGCAAAACUUGGCAAGUCUACCGCUACUUUGCCUAUGACUGUGAGAAUUCAUUCCCCGGCGUCUCCAACGGACCGAUGAAGAAAGUGGACGAUAUUAUUUGUGAUUCCCGCUAUUCUGACAUUGAACCUUCCACUGAGGGAGAGGUCAUUUACCGCGUCUUGGAUCCGGCUUUCCGAAUAGAAGACCCCUACAGUCCAAGGAUUCAAAAUAUGUUAAAGAUUACAAAUUUAAGAAUCAACUUUGCCAAGCUGCACACCCUGGGAGACAACCUUCUGGAUUCCAGAAUGGAAAUCAAAGAAAAGUAUUAUUACGCCAUUUAUGACAUGGUGGUACGUGGGAACUGCUUCUGUUACGGGCACGCCAGCGAAUGCGCCCCGGUGCACGGCUACGACGAAGAGGUGGAAGGAAUGGUUCAUGGCCAUUGCAUGUGUCGGCACAACACCAAAGGUUUAAACUGCGAGCAGUGCUUGGAUUUCUACCACGAUUUGCCAUGGCGUCCCGCAGAAGGCCGGAACAGCAAUGCCUGCAAAAAGUGCAAUUGCAAUGAGCAUUCCGCGCAGUGCCAUUUUGAUACGGCUGUUUACGUAGCCACGGGAAACACCAGCGGUGGGGUGUGUGACGAUUGCCAACACAACACGGUGGGACACAAUUGUGAGCAGUGCAAGCCCUUCUACUUUCAACAUCCGGAGAGGGAUAUCCGUGAUCCCCAUAUUUGUGAACCGUGCAACUGUGACCCGGUGGGCUCUGAGAACGGCGGAAUCUGCGAUCGAUACACCGACUACUCGGCCGGCCUCAUCGCGGGACAGUGCCGCUGCAAAUUCUUCGUGGAAGGGGAACGUUGCGACACUUGCAAGGAAGGAUUUUACGGAUUAAGUAUAGACGACCCUCUGGGCUGUCAGUCUUGUGCUUGCAAUCCGCUGGGCACGCAUCCUGGCGGGAAUCCUUGUGACUCCGAGACUGGAAACUGUUACUGUAAACGCCUGGUGACCGGAAAGCAUUGCGACCAAUGUCUGCCUGAAAACUGGGGGCUGAGCAACGAUAUGGAGGGGUGUCGCCCCUGUGAUUGUGAUCAAGGAGGUUCGCUCAACAAUAACUGCUCAAGUGAAUCUGGCCAAUGUCAGUGCAGGCCGCAUCUGAUUGGCCGCCAGUGCCAGGAAGUGGAACCUGGAUAUUUUUUCAUAUCUUUAGAUCAUUAUGUCUAUGAAGCAGAGGAUGCUAAAUUUGGCCCUGGCGUGAGUUUAGUGGAACGCUUCUAUUCCCAAGACCGCAUACCUUCCUGGACUGGAAUAGGAUUCGUGAGAGUCCCCGAAGGAGCAUAUUUGGAAUUCUACAUUGACAAUAUUCCGUUUUCUAUGGAAUAUGAUGUCCUGAUUCGAUACGAGCCACAGUUACCAGAUCACUGGGAGAAAGCUACCAUCAGUGUAUAUCGCCCGGGCCAAAUCCCUCCUAGCAGUAGAUGCGGCAAUACUGUUCCUGACGAUGACAAUCAAGAGGUAUCCUUAUCGCCCGGUUCCAGGUACGCCGUCCUUCCACGCCCCAUAUGCUUUGAAAAGGGUCUGAAUUACACCGUUCGGUUGGAGCUGCCCCACUACUCCUCAAACACAGAGGUGGAAAAUCCAUACACCCUCAUUGAUUCACUGGUUCUCAUGCCAUAUUGCAAGUCCCUGGACCUCUUCACAGUUGGAGGCAGAGGUGAUGAUGUGACAACGAACAGCGCCUGGGAAACCUUCCAGAGAUAUCGCUGCCUGGAGAACAGCCGAAGUGUAGUCAAAACCCCCAUGACUGAUGUUUGCAGGAACAUAAUUUUCAGCAUUUCAGCCCUGUUGCAUGAAACCGCAUUGGCUUGCCAGUGUGACCCCCAAGGUUCACUCAGUUCCGUAUGUGAUCCCAACGGAGGGCAUUGUCAAUGCCGCCCAAACGUGGUCGGCCGAAGAUGCGAUAAAUGUGGCCCCGGCACUUUUGGCUUUGGCCCCACUGGAUGCAGACCCUGCGAGUGUCACGCACAAGCGUCGGUAAAUGCCUUCUGCCAUCCAGAGACCGGGCAGUGUCACUGUUUCCAUGGGAUUUAUGGCCGUCAGUGUGACCAAUGUUUGCCUGGAUAUUGGGGGUUCCCGAGCUGCCAGGCGUGCCAGUGCAAUGGGCACGCGGACGAGUGCGAUCCGUACAGCGGGCAGUGCUUGCGUUGCCGUGACCACACCUCGGGACCCAAUUGUGAGAGGUGCCUCGCUGGUUUUUAUGGAGAUCCAAUCUUGGGAUCAGGUGAUCACUGCCGUCCAUGUCCUUGCCCAGAUGGACCAGAAAGUGGGCGCCAGUUUGCCAAUGGAUGUUAUCAAGACCGGAUUACAUUACAAGUUGUGUGCGUUUGUGAGAGAGGAUAUAAAGGAAGCAGAUGUGAUGAAUGUGCCUCUGGCUUCUUUGGAAACCCCCGAUAGUAGGUGGUGGGAGAUGCCAUCCCUGCCAGUGCAACACAACAUCGACUCCUCUGAUCCGGAGGCUUGUGACAAAAGGACCGGGUUGUGUCUCCGGUUGUUUGUUUCACACUCAAGGCGAACACUGCCAAGAGUGUAAACCUGGCUACUACGGAUGGGCCCUUCAACAGGAUUG